ACCAAGAAUUUCCUCGGGCCAGACCGUCGUCCCUGUUCCGGCUCCGAGUGCAGCGCCGAGUAUUUUUGGCGCUAGUCCGCGGUGUCAAAGACUUUUAUCCGCUGUUCUGCGAAGCUUCGGCACAUUCAUCCAUCUCCCUCUGCUUCGCAUCCUAUGCCUUGUUACAGCAAAGCCUCCCACCCAACUGUCCUCGCCUGGACGCUGCACUCACCCACUUACGAGUGGAGGCGCAAGAGAUACGAAGAAGGUGUUCAUAAUCCCACGCACACGCCAAGCCGGUUGCGAACAUUGCUAUCUGGACUAAGGAUGGUUAGAGUUCGCACCAAAACAGACGGAAUUAUUUGCCGUACGACCCUGAAUUUUGAGCACCAGCCGGUUGUGGUGAUGGGGGUUCGCCAAUCAAGGGCAGGGCUUCGUGAAACGCCUGAGGGGACCACGUAUAAGCCUUGGAUACCAGGCGGAUCGUCAUGCUCUAGUGAUGGGCGGGAGACAUGGCCCCCAAGCAAUAGGAUUGUCCCAGUGUGAAUGGGUCCCCUGGGCACAGCAAUAAUGACUGCAGGAUCGGCAGCGGCACCUGCAUACACACGCAGCCCUCGGACGCACGCUACGUCAUAUCGUAGCGACUGCCUAGGCCC